AACAAGCAGGAGCAGGGGAGCCUGGGAAGUUAGGAUGACACAGAUAGCCAGUCCUGGUCGGAGCUGCCGCUAAAUUUAGGAAAAACAUUGGUGUCCUCGACUUCCAAUCUCCUGGGGGGGCUGCCCUGGGGGGGGAGGUGUCAGGGGCAUGGACGCCACCCCCCGGGGGGCCCUGCUGCUGUCUCCUCUGCUCCCUAUGCACUCCUACGAGAACCGUCGCUGCUGACAUGGCUCAGGAAAACUCAGCCUUCUCUCCUGGGCCCGAGGAGCCCCCCGGGGGUCUCCCCCGCGCCCUGACGGCGCGUGCUGAGCCGCGUGAGCCUCCUGAGCGUCAACCCCGACGUGGCCGCCAGCGCUAUGUAGAGAAGGACGGCAAGUGCAAUGUACAGCAGGGCAACGUGCGGGAGACGUACCGCUACUUGACAGACAUCUUCACCACGCUGGUGGACCUGCAGUGGAGGCUCAGUUUGCUCUUUUUCGUGCUCGCCUAUGCGCUCACCUGGCUCUUUUUCGGCGCCAUCUGGUGGCUAAUCGCCUACGGCCGAGGGGACCUGGAGCACCUGGAGGACACGACGUGGACGCCUUGCGUGAACAACCUCAACGGCUUCGUGGCCGCCUUCCUCUUCUCCAUCGAAACCGAGACCACCAUCGGCUACGGGCACCGCGUCAUCACGGACCAGUGCCCCGAGGGUAUCGCGCUGCUGCUGCUGCAGGCCAUCCUGGGCUCCAUGGUCAAUGCCUUCAUGGUGGGCUGCAUGUUCGUCAAGAUCUCGCAGCCCAACAAGCGCGCCGCUACGCUCGUCUUCUCCUCGCACGCCGUGGUAUCACUGCGUGACGGGCGCCUGUGCCUCAUGUUCCGCGUGGGUGACCUGCGCUCGUCUCACAUCGUGGAAGCCUCGAUCCGCGCUAAACUCAUCCGCUCGCGCCAGACGCUCGAGGGCGAGUUCAUCCCCCUGCACCAGACCGACCUCAGUGUCGGCUUUGACACUGGCGAUGACCGUCUCUUCCUUGUCUCCCCACUUGUUAUCAGUCACGAGAUAGAUGCCUCCAGCCCCUUCUGGGAGGCGUCACGCCGUGCCCUCGAGAGGGACGACUUCGAGAUCGUGGUGAUCCUUGAGGGCAUGGUGGAGGCCACUGGGAUGACAUGCCAAGCCAGGAGUUCCUAUCUGGUGGAUGAGGUGCUGUGGGGUCACCGCUUCAUGUCCGUACUGAGCCUGGAGGACGGCUUCUAUGAGGUGGACUAUGCCAGCUUCCAUGAGACCUUCGAGGUGCCCACACCCUCCUGCAGUGCCCGAGAGCUGGCUGAGGCUGCUGCUCGGCUUGACGCGCAUCUCUACUGGUCCAUCCCCAGCCGGCUGGAUGAGAAGGUGGAGGAGGAAGGGGCUGGAGAAGGGCCGGACUGGGGAAAUGGAGGAGACAAAGAGAAGAAUGGCCGCCUGCCGCCCCCAGAGAGUGAGUCCAAGGUGUAGCUAUAGCCAGAAGAGCUUCGUGUCAUACCAAAAUUGUGUCUGGCUCCAAGUCACUGCUAAGAAUACGCAACAGAAAAGGGCUAAACAGAGAACUCAAUCAAGGCUAAAUAGAGAACUCUGCUGGACAUCUC